GCGAAGCGAGAGAGCCGAGCCUCAGUUGACAGAUCAGUGUCGUAGAGGAAGGACGAUAAAGCUCCUCUCCGUGAACUCUCCCUCACUCGCGCACACACAUCCCCACCACCAAAAUGAGAGAAAUUGUCCACGUACAGACUGGCCAGUGUGGCAACCAGAUUGGUACAAAGUUCUGGGAGAUCAUCAGUGACGAACAUGGCCUCACCCCUGCGGGUACCCUGAGGGAGAACGUGCCCCACGACGUUAGAGAACUGCAGCUAGAAAGAAUCAAUGUAUACUACAGCGAAGGGAACAAGGGCAAGUUCGUGCCCCGCGCUGUCCUGGUAGACCUGGAACCUGGCACCAUGGACUCCAUCAGAUCUGGACCUCUUGGACCCCUCUUUAAGCCCGAGCACAUCGUCUUUGGUCAGUCUGGUGCUGGUAACAACUGGGCAAAAGGUCACUACACUGAAGGUGCUGAAUUAGUCGACUCUGUAUUAGAUGUUGUAAGGAAAGAAGCCGAGAACUGCGACUGCCUACAGGGAUUCCAACUGACACAUUCCCUUGGUGGAGGCACCGGAUCGGGAAUGGGCACCCUCCUCGUUUCUAAAAUCCGAGAGGAAUUCCCCGACAGGAUUAUGAACACAUUCUCUGUCGUACCCUCCCCUAAGGUCUCAGACACUGUCGUUGAGCCCUACAACGCCACCCUUUCCAUUCACCAGUUGGUAGAAAAUACUGACCAGACCUACUGUAUUGACAACGAAGCUCUCUACGAUAUCUGCUUCAGAACUCUCAAGCUCAUGAACCCAACCUAUGGUGACUUGAACCAUCUGGUCUCACUCACAAUGUCCGGUAUUACGACCUGCCUCCGCUUCCCUGGACAGCUCAAUGCAGAUCUUAGGAAACUGGCUGUGAACAUGGUACCCUUCCCCCGUCUGCACUUCUUCAUGCCAGGCUUCGCUCCACUCACUGCCCGAGGGUCACAGCAGUACCGUGCCCUCACAGUCCCCGAACUCACCCAACAGAUGUUUGAUGCCAAGAACAUGAUGGCGGCUUGUGACCCGCGCCAUGGCCGCUACCUCACUGUCGCUGCAGUUUUCAGAGGCAAGAUGUCCAUGAAGGAAGUCGACGAACAGAUGUACAACAUCCAGAGCAAGAAUUCCUCCUACUUUGUGGAAUGGAUCCCCAACAAUGUCAAGACUGCUGUCUGUGAUAUCCCACCAAGAGGCAUCAAGAUGGCCUCCACUUUCAUUGGUAACUCAACCGCUAUUCAAGAGCUCUUCAAACGCAUCUCUGAGCAGUUCACUGCUAUGUACAAGCGAAAGGCUUUCCUUCAUUGGUACACUGGUGAGGGAAUGGACGAGAUGGAGUUCACCGAGGCAGAAUCUAACAUGAAUGACUUGGUAUCUGAAUACCAGCAGUACCAAGAAGCCAGCGUUGACGAUGAAGAUGACAUUGGCGAAUACGAAGAAGAUGCUGAACCAGAAACUGCCUAAACUAAAAGCUGCAUUAAUCAAACUCGAAUGGCAACCUGUCACAUAGAUUUGCUGUGCUGAAUCCAAGUUUGCAUUUAGUAAUCUAAAAUAUUCUGUCAUCCUUGACUAUAAAAGAAAGACAUAAGUUUGUUUCAAGCAUGGCAGAUGUUGACAUUUUACUUAUGCUUCAUAUACCAAGUACGUAAAUCGAUGUGCUUUUUGCUAAUUAUCAUUCAUAAACAUCAUAAUACACUAGAUCAUUCUUAUUAGCCAGGAAGUUUUUUUCAAUUGGUUCAGUCUUCAACUAGCAAACGGCUACACUAACUUUCUACCGAGAAGAGGAUUACUUGCCAUGACCCAUUCAGGGACUCUUGGCGAUGUCCCUCUCUUUCGUGGGUGUUGCUUACAUCACUGCCAUUAUCAUCAGCAGCUUUGUCUUUGGAGAAAAAAUAGUAAGAUAGAAAUAAAAAGUUGGAGAUGAUGGUGUCUUUGUGCUUCAGCCUAGGAUGAAGGGUUGAGCCAGUGGCUGUUCAGAUCUCUCAUUCGCUCAUCGUUAUUUGAUUCUGUAGCAAUAAGUCGAAGGUUCAUGUCGCUUUAACUCACAGCAGCGCAGGAGUCCUUCUCGUUCCCUUUGUGCUUUAAUCUAAGUGAGUUAUCAAACAAGAGUAGAAUUAUAUAGCUUUUAUACAAAUUAUGUUACGGUUUUGAUGUCGGAUUUCUCCACUUUGUCAAGCCUUCAAAGAAUAUGCCAGGAAGGCAGUGUGUGCUGACCUUGGUCCUGUGAGGAUGGUAGGCAUAGACCCUGAGGCAAUUCCUCCAGACAUCCCUCUGAUUAGGAUAUCUCCAUUCCCUUUCCUCUGGAGUAGCUACUAGAGUUCCUCCUAAACUUCACUGAAUGGCAUCUACAAACCUUAAAAGAAAGUUUUAAAAAACCAGGUAUGGUUCCCUUGACCUGUCCCUCCCACACACGUCAAGAGAAAGGCUGCUAUCUUUUCCAUCCCACCGCCCAGACCAUCAUUAAAAGUCCCUUUAAUACACGUAUUCACAUCCCAGUCCAAUUUCCCACCUACGCUAAUGUUAUAAAAGGAAUCCUGACCCUGGAACUGUGGGCAGUAUGGACCUGCUCUUCCACCCACUUGACAAGAGAAGGGUCAAGACUAUCGCCUUGGUCGACGCCAACACACUACUAUACGCCUCUUCACAUUCCUCGCGCUACAAGGAGCUUUCAGUGUGGGCGUUUCAGGCCCAUGGCAAUGGACGGGGGUUGAAAGGGUGAAUCAUCAACCGGGAGACCCACCCAUGUUGCCAUGCCUAUCUGACGCUCACGCCAGUCUAAUACGGCACAAAUAAAGUCACAAAAUUCUAAA